UUCUCUCUUACCGCUCCAGGGGCGGUGCUGAACGCGCGUGAGCCGGGAGAUUCGACUCCUGACCCGAGUGUUUACUGUUGUAUGAACCGCAAAUAACUUACAAACCCACAAAAAUGGAAUCCUCUAAAUUCAGCCUUUGCUAACCAUGUGGUUACAUAGUGGGAUUAUCCGGAGGUGGACCAAGUACUGUUAACUGUGAGUGUUUGUGUGUCUCCAACCGUUUUGCUUCUGCUUAGAGCUACGCAACAACAGUCCAUGCUAGCUAAUUAGCUGAACAAACAAAGAGCAGCAAUGUUUUAACAGUUUCAUUAUAAUACUACAGUACCGCGAGCUGUCGUAGAUUCUGCCUGUGUUUAAUAUUAUCGAGUGCGCAACAUUUAAGGCAAUUCUCGAUGAAGGACUUUUAUCAUAACAAAUCGUAGGUAGUUUCAUCAAAAGUGUCUGGGGAUAUCAGGUAAAAAACAUACAGAAAGUAUUUAACUGUUGCACAAUAUGAAGUAGACGUGCCUGUUUAAAAUGCAACGCAAUGUUUCAGUAUAGCCAACUGCUCUCUUUGCAGUUUGCAGGCCUCGGUAUGACCGCGGUGUUUAGUUCAGAGCUUAGCCGCCAGCACAGCGACAGCAGCGUGGAGUUUUUACGAAGAGUGUUGGCCUUAGUGCAGUUUUGGUUACAAUAUACAUAUUUUACAAUGCAUCACGUAAAAGACGCUUUUCUUGUGUUUCCGGAUGGUUCAGUUUCUGCAGCCUUUGUUUUAGCUGGGUGGUCAGCAAACAUCGUGGCGCUAACCUGACGGGACAGAAAACUUGUUAAACGUCUGGGGGGGAAAAACAACAAAAAACGAUCUUUUGUUUCCUUUAAAAUGCAAUCAGAGCCGGUCACCAGAAAUGCUUCAUUUUGACACAGACCGUGGAUCUACAAUGUUGACAGGCUGAGAACGAAAAUACGACUAGGUUUGAGCUGAAGGUUUCAGUGUAGGUCAAUGAAAAUAUACAUGUACAUAAAAAAAAGUAUUUAAUUAAUCGAGGUUAAAUAUACACACAAUGGCAAUCAUUGUUUGCUGUUCAUUGUCAGUGAUUCCCAAAAAAAGAUGGGAAUCAUCUUAAACAAAAAUGUGGAAAUUUUUGCAAAUUUAUUAAAAGAGAAAAAAAAAUAAAAUAUCACAUGGUCACAACUCGUAGGUAUUCAGACCCUUUGCUGUGACACUCACAUUUAACUCACAUGCUGUACAUUUCUUCUGAUCCUCCUUGAGAUGGUUGUACUCCUUCACUGGAGUUCAGCUGUGUUUUAAUUAAACUGAUUGGACUUGGUUAGAAAAGGCACACACCUCUCACACACCUGUCUAUAUAAGACCUCACAGUUCCUGUCAGAGCAAAUGAGAAUCAUGAGGUGGAAGGAACUGCCCAAGGAGCUCAGAGGCACAAUUGGGACAAGGAACAGCUCUGGCCAUGGUUGCUAAAGAAUUUUUGCAGCAUUCAAGGUUCCUAAGAGCACAGUGGCCUCCAUAAUCCUUAGAUGGAUGAAGUUUGGGAUGAGCAGAACUCUUCUAGACCUGGCCCUCCAGCCAAACUGAGCAAUCAAGGGAGAAGAGCCCAAAGUUCACUGCAGUAGGGAGAUGGGAGGAAACUCCACAAAGUCAACCAUCACCGCAUCCCUCCAGUAGUCGGCAGAGUGGCCGGAUGGAAGCCUCUCCUCAGUUCCAACAUCUGAAAGCCUUCAUAGAGUUCUCCAAAAAACACAGGAAAGACUCCUAGACUGAGAAAUAAGAUUCUCUGGUGUGAUUAACUUUUUGGUGUUAAUUCUAAGCGCUGCGUGUGGAGAAAACCAGGCACUGCUCAUCACCUGCCCAAUACAAUCCCAACAGUGAAACAUGGUGGUGGCAGCAUCAUGCUAUGGGAUGCCUUCCAGCUGCAGGGACAGGACGACUGGUUGCAACUGAAGGAAAGAUGAAUGCGGCCUAGUACAGAGAGAUGCUAGGCCUGAGAGCUCAGGUCCUCAGAUUGGGCUGAAGGUUCACAACAAGACAACGACCCGAUGUACACAGCUAGAAUAACAAAGGCAUGGCUUCAGAACAACUCUGAGACCAUUCCUGACUGGCCCAGCCAGAGCCCUGACCUAAACCCAACCGAGCAUCUCUGGAGAGACCUGAAAAGGGCUCCACCAACGUUCACCAUCCAACCUGACGGAACUGGAGAGGAUCUGUUUUUCUUUUUCAAUAUAUAAGUUAUGCAUGCAGCUUAAGUUUUCUAUUCAACCUCUUUUGAUUUGGAAACCUUGCACUCAACAUUUAUUUACUUGGGUAAUGAAAACGUAUGGUCUAAAUCCAACCAUUAAGUAUGUGCUCAACUUUUUAUAAGUGAGUUUGUUACAUAGUUUAGAUGCAGAUGAAUCAGGGGUGUCCAAAGUCGGUCCUGGAGAGCCGGCGUCCCGCGUGUUUUAGGUCUCUCGCUGGUUUAACGCACCUGGAUCAAAUGAUGGCUCAUUAGAGGCCUCAGGAGAACACCGACAUGCUGUGAAGGUUGUUGGUACCACAAGGGGGAGAACUAAAACAUGCAGGAUGUCAGCCCACGGGGACCGACUUUGGGCACCCCUGCGAUAAAUGACCUGUCAUCAUUUCUGUUUUUCUACUCUGAGCAGAUGGAGGCCAUGGAGAUAGACUCGCCUAGAGAUAGACUCGGCUCUGCAGUUGCUGGUCCUACGAUUGUAAUUGUUCGUGAGCCUGAGAGGGUCUAUACCACUGUAAUCACGACAGACUCUGGAAGCGGCACUGAGAUAGAUGAUGAUUAUGAUGAUGCUGGAGCCCCGGAGGCGGUUCAGGCUCCUUUCAGGCUUCCUGCCACCUGGGCCUUCAGUCAGAGGGCCAUAGAUGGAGUCCCAGCUGUGCCUGCAGUAACCCAGGGGGAACCGAUGCGGAGGUCACUCAGACAGGGUCUCAGGGUCUAUUACCCCAGCCAGACGGCAGCACCUUCCAGAGGAUUUCCAGACUUCCUGCUCCGAGCACCAGCUGCCAGUGUAACUCAGCCAGGGUCUGGCAGCACCACUGAGGAAAGUGAGUCCGAGUUUGAGGAGGAAGCGGAAGAAAGCACAGCUGCUGGGGCGGAGGCCUCACUACAUUUACCUUCUGCCGCUCCUAUUCCUAAUGCUGCUACCGAGCAGUCUCAACCAGAAGCAGCAGCAGCAGCAGCAGCGCCCAGUCGUACUGAAGCUGUUUCAGCAGCAGCAAACGAGGCUGGGGGCGACGCUCAAAUCCUGGACCUCCAGCCGACCCCUGCGGCCCCGUCUUCAUCCCAGCCAAGCCGCAGUGGCGACAGCGAAGGCGAAACCUGCUCCAUCUGCUUUGAGGUGUGGACCACAGCAGGCGAACACCGGCUCUCCGCUCUGCGCUGUGGACACCUCUUCGGCAACACGUGCAUCAAGCGCUGGCUCAAGGCUCAGGGCGCUACUGCUAAAUGUCCGCAGUGCAACAAGAAAGCAAAGAAUUCAGACAUUGUGCUGCUGUACGCUCCAAAGCUGAGAGCCCUGGACAACUCUGAGCAGGAGAGCCUGAAGAGGUCUUUGGAGCAGGAGCAGUCUCUGAGGAGAAAAGCUGAACUGGAGUCGGCAGAAUACAAACUCAAGCUUCAGGUUGUCUCCAGCAAAUUUGGACAGGCACAGCAAGAGCUGCAGGAGCUGAAGACUUUGAUGGCCCAAACUGGAAGAAGUUCAGCUCCACCCUCUUCCUCCAUGUUCAGCCUGUCUCAGAGGGCGGACGGCUCCAGGGCAGCUCAGUACAGCUUCUCUAAGGCGGUUCUGGUGUCUCAGACAGGCGGCUGCAGAGUUCUGUCCUACUGUGAACCUCUGUCCUGCCUGCUGGCCUCACAGCCCUCCCCUCACUCUACACUAGUGCCUGGUUGUGGGGUGAAGAAGGUGAGCUUGGUGAACAUGAAAGCCAGUCAGUACGUUCCCAUCCACAGCAAACAGAUAAGAGGUCUGUCGUUCAGCAGAGAGAACAACAGCCUGCUGCUAUCUGCUGCACUGGACAACACUGUUAAACUGACCAGCUUGCUUACCAACACGGUGGUUCAGACUUAUAAGACGGAUAAGCCUGUGUGGAGCUGCUGCUGGUCUUUGGACAACAGCAACUACAUCUACGCUGGUCUGAGCAACGGCUCCGUGCUCGUUUACGACACCAGGGACACCAGCACGCACAUUCAUGAGCUGCAACCUCUUCGCUCCAGGUGCCCAGUGGCGUCGUUGUGCUACGUCCCGCGCGUGGCGUCCAGCUCUUUCCCCUGCGGCGGGCUGAUUGCUGGCUCACUUGAGGGUGCUUGUUUCUGGGAGCAGGAGAAUGAGACCACCUACAGACCCCAUAUUCUGCCUUUAGAGAGUGGCGGCUGCACAGACAUCCAGGUGGAGACUGAGAGCAGACACUGUCUGGUCACAUACCGGCCUGGACGCUCCCAUCAGACUGUACGAUGCGUCCUGAUGGCGCUGACUCGCGCGCCUCAGCUGGACUCCAGUCAGCUGCCCAGCUGCUCCUGCUCCCCUGUGCAGACAUUCAGCGCUGGGUCAUCCUGCAAACUGCUGACCAAGAACACCAUCUUCAGGCAUCCAGAGGGCAGUGGGAUGUUGGUAUGUGCUGGGGACGAGGCCUCCAACUCCACCAUGGUGUGGGAUGCGGGAAGUGGCUCUCUGCUUCAGAAGCUUCCAGCUGACCUACCAGUGUUGGACAUCAGCCCCUUUUCUGUGAAUGGAGAGAACUUUCUGGCCUCUCUCACAGAGAAGAUGGUGAAACUUUACAAAUGGGAGUAAGAGGGGGGACAGCUUUGUUCCAUUCGCAGUCAGAUCACAAGGAAAGUUAAAAUGUUGGACAUUAUAUGCUGCUAAAUAUUUCUUUUAUCAGAUUAUUGGCUGAGUCGAGUCAGAACACCUUCCCUGUUCCUUUUUUUUUUUUUUUCAGCUAAAAUUUCAGAUUUAUGUUUGUGUGAUAAGAUUGUGUUUACAUGUGUGAAAGCGGUGCACACUACCUCCACUGAGUCUCCUCCAGAGUUCUGUUGUAGCUCCUCAGCUACAGAUACACUUGUGGAUCACGUUCUUCUGUUCUGGUUCUGAUGAAAGUGAAAGCUUUGAGAAAACAUUUUGUCCUGCGGUUCUAGAAAUUAUGCCGAUUACUGACAAACCCAUUAGCUACGUUACUGCUAAGCAACUAGCAUCAAAAUCAGAAACAUGUCCAUCACAGUUGACAUCAACUUCUUCAACGUCUCUCCUUCAGCUGGUCUAUCAGAAGUAUAAUGGCUGCUCUGAUUAUGACACCCACUGUUGGAUUAGAAAUAUUAUUUCAUCUGCAGUUGCUUAAUUAUACUCAUAAAUUAUGAAUUCAUAUCACUUAAAUUGAAAAUGGGCACCAGAUUUGGUCAAUUUUAACAAUACCUGUUCAGGUUUUUUAACCUGAUAUUAAACUUUGUCAGUUGAUGUUCAGAACCUGUCUAAAGCCAGAGAUCUUGACGUUCACUCCAACAUUUCAACAGAACCAAGACAUAAAGACCUGGGGCUGGAGGUGUUGGCUCAUAGUGCCACUUCAACAUUCAAACCGGAAGAGGAAGAAAAUCAGUCGAAUGUCAACAUGGAGAUAAAAAUCCACUUUUCCCAGAAACUGUGAUCACCGUCUUGAUCGUUAUCAACUCAUUCCUACCUGGUUAACCUGAGAGUCGUUGCAAAGGUCUGCUGUUUUACACACAUUCAUCACACAGAAACUUCAAGUGCCAAAGGAAUUCCACUCUUAUAAAUCAAACUUCUAUUUUUAAGGAAAGUUAUAUGUAUAUUUCUUACCAGCUGUUUGUGUACAACUUAGGAGUUAAUAAAAACUGCAUUUUUUAAUUUCAA